AAAGGAGAGAGAGAGAGUGUGUCAGUGAGUGAGACACAGAGAAGAGAGCCUUGAAGCAGGGGUUAAUGCCAGGACGAGACCUCUGAGAACACCUUAACUUGUGUUUUUCGUUGUAUUUCUCGCCUCAACUCGGCGGCCUACAGACUACCCCCACCCCCCCACCACCACCCCCCUCCUGUUGCACCUCCUUUCCGUUCACAUCGCCUGGAUUUCAUCAUCCGACCUGCAAGAUGGGAAAUGAAGCCAGUUACCCCCUGGAGAUGUGCUCACAUUUCGAUGCUGAUGAGAUUAAGAGGCUAGGGAAGAGGUUUAAGAAACUCGACCUAGAUAACUCCGGCUCGCUCAGCGUGGAGGAGUUCAUGUCACUUCCGGAGCUACAACAGAACCCCCUGGUGCAAAGGGUUAUCGACAUAUUCGACACAGACGGGAACGGAGAGGUGGACUUUAAAGAGUUCAUCGAGGGAGUCUCACAGUUCAGCGUCAAGGGGGACAAGGAACAGAAGCUUCGGUUCGCUUUCAGGAUCUACGACAUGGACAAGGAUGGCUACAUCUCCAACGGCGAGCUCUUCCAGGUGCUGAAGAUGAUGGUAGGCAACAACCUGAAGGACACGCAGCUCCAGCAGAUCGUGGACAAGACCAUUAUCAACGCAGACAGGGACGGAGACGGCAGGAUAUCCUUUGAAGAGUUCUGUGCAGUGGUCGGUGGUCUCGAUAUACACAAAAAGAUGGUGGUGGACGUGUGAGCGCUCCUCGGCCUCGCUGAAUCUCCUCCGUCCUCUUCGAUACUCGCUUUCUCCACCAUCUCUGAAGAUCUGCUCAAGACGUCCGGCAAAAACGCUCUGUGUGUAACUCAAUGGAAGUAUUCUCUCUUUUUUCUCGUUAAUCUCUCUUUCUCUCUCUCUCUCUCUCUGUGAAGCCACUUAUUUUCUCUUUAAAAAAACAAAACAAAACCACGGGCCUCGCAAAGCCAACUUUGAAGUGUUAUUGAACUGUAAAUCCUCUCAAUAACCCGGUCGUAGCACUUUAAGAGACUGAAGGACAUCGAUCUGUCAUUUGCAAGAGCAUCUUGAUUUUUUUGGAUGAGGGGGGAGAAAGUGGGGGGA